AUGAUCUUCUUCACAGAUCCAAACCCAGCGUCUCAGAGCAACUCCACCUCAGAACCAUCAGAACCAGAACAACAGCGAAUGGAUAAAACAGACGAGACGACGGUGCUUCAGAUCAAAUAUAAGAACAAAGACGAUCUGGAAUCAGGACAUCUGACGCGUAAAACGGGCAGAACGAGCAGGACCGGGAUCCGCAGAGCCGGACCAGGACCGGGACCAGGACGAGGCCGACGCACCGAGGACACACACACCGACAGCCGGGAGGAGGAGACACAGGAGCUCGGCCAGGACCAGGACCCAGACCGGGACCGGGACCAGGACCCGGACGCACCGACGCACGGGCCGCCGCGGCGCCGGUUGGAUGUAGCUGUUUGCGGGUGUUUUGCGCGGAAUGUGCGGCUGCGCUCCAACUUUCUGAAUCUCUGCUCUCAUGGUGAGAGGAGGAGGACGCAGAGGAUGGGAGGAACCUGGUCCUGCAAAUGCCUCGGAGUCCUUCUAGCUCUACACAUAGUCUCUGUGUUACAGACGGUGUUGGUCAGUGCUGGUCAAUGUGACUCGGUGUUUAAAGGUUUCUCCGACUGUCUGUUGAAGUUGGGGGAUAACAUGGCCAACUACCCCCAGGACCUGGACGACACCGAGAACCUGCACAAGAUCUGCUCUUACUGGGAUAACUUCCACUCCUGUGCCACGACGGCACUGGCCGACUGCCAGGAGGGGGCAACGGACCUGUGGGAGAAGCUGAAAAAGGAGUCCCGCAACCUGGAUUUCCGUGGGAGUUUGUUUGAACUCUGUGGCGGCAGCAACGGCGCCCCCAGAUCCGCCGGUGCCGGGGGUGUGGCCGUGCUCCUAGCCUCGCUGCCCACCAUACUGACUUGGCUGGCGUUUUAACAGAAACAAGGAAAAAAUAAAAACACAAAGCGACGAGAAAAGAAGAAAAAAAGGAAAAACACAAGUGAAAAAAGAAAAUAUGAAACAAGUGAAAGCUCCUCUUCAACACUGAAAAAACGACUUUGACGAGUCUGAAUUCAUCACCUUAAAACUACACCCAAAAUGGAUUUGUACUUCGACAUCAGCGCACGGCGGCCUGGUUCGCCUCCGGGGGGCGUCGGCAGGACGUCCUCCUGGAGCGCUCAUCCAAUCACAUUCUGACCUGACCCGGAGGUCGAUAACAUGAAAUAUUCAACAAGCUGUUGAGCUGAAAUGAUGACAAUGAUGAAAAUUUGAUGGAUCCUCGCCCGCUUACAAUCGUGGAAUUACACAGUAUUAAAGUCAACCAUGAAUUAUUGAUGUUCAGUAGGCGAAGCCCAGACACUGUGUGACUGCUGCUGCUGCUGACACAAUAUCAGGCUAUAUAUUAGAGUUUCCAUAUAGCCUAGGGUACAUGUGUAACGCCAGGCCCAGCUUAACUCCACUAAAUCGAUAAAACAAGCCGAGGCCUUGAGCCCAUUUCAGACCAGUCGCCUCAUUUCCAUCGCGGACACUUUCCCUUUUUUAUGGAGUUGACUCUGGUGGGUUUGAUGGACUGGAUGAUGGGGAUGUAACCUUUGUAUUCUUAUGGACUGUUUGUUGUGCUCAGGCCACGGUCACACCAGCCUUCAUCACAGCAUCAUUUUGCGCUGAAUGUGCUUAGUUUGAGUGUUGUCAUUGAACUGGUUGAUAUGAAGUCAUCUCCAGGCAGGGGUCAGGCCAACAGGAGACAUCCGGCAUUGCCAAAAACCUCAACAGUAUUAACCUUUUGACCCAUAAGGCCUGGCUUGCAGUUAGCUGUGAGUCAGCAGUAGAAGGCGGUCACUGAACGACCACUGCAGAAGUGUGUGUGCAGGUUUCUGGUGUGACCGUCGCCUUGAUGCUCCUCACCGAGCUCUGAGGUGCAGGGAUGUAGCUACAAGUAUAAAGCCUGCUUUUCAUCAACACUUUAGACUGAUGUUAUUCUGCAUGAUGUCACCUCAGACAGUCUGAAAACAUUUCAGGAAAUGAGCACAAACUCAUUGAAUGCUCUUUAAAAUGCCAAGCAAAGACAUUAACCUUUCGGUCCAUUGAUUGUUAACAACUUAACAGCAACAAUGCAGCACUGCACAUUGAGUCCACAUUCAAUAUGACCGUUUAACACCCCCCAGCUAUAAAAAACACAGAUAACUUACCCGACUGGAGAAAUCAAUACUGGGAUUUAGUUUAAAGCGUAAUAGACAUGGACAUGGGUUAGCUAAUACUAGCAGCAGCUAAAAAGAUUUACCGAGGGUUGGCUAGUGUUCCAGUUAACAGAUAAAACAUAUUUAUUGAAGUUUAGCAAGAAGGACAGAAUGACUUAGAGGCUAAAACCUACUGAGUUCAGUCAGCUAAUAGAUGACUUUAGUUGCUAACAAAGGAUCACGUUAGCUAACAUUAAUUUCAGUAGUUAACAGUUCAAUAUCCAAAACAGACAGAGAUGGGUGAGCUAACAUUCCAGUUCAGCUGUGGACCUUAUAGUGUUCUGUUACCUAACAGGAACUAGAUAAACCAGAUCGAUGGAUGGGUUAGCUAGUGGUCCAGCUAACAGCUAAAACAUAUCUGAGGCCAGCAAAUAGAAUGAGUUAGAAAUUAAACCCUACUGAGUCAGCUUAGCUAACAUUAAAUUAAGCAGUUAGCUAGUGGUUCACUUAGCUAAAACAGACAGAGAUGGUUAAGCUAACAUUUCAGUUUAGAUGUAUAUCUUAUUGUGUUAUAUUAAUGCUAAAAAUGACUUUAGCUGUCAAUAAGUGAUCAAAUUUAGUAAGUGAAGUCUUUAUUCAGCUAGUGGUUCUGUUAGCAGCUAAAACAGAAUUACUGAGGUGCACAAACACAACAGGAUGAGUUAGAUGCCAAAAACUGCUGAGUCAGGUUAGUAAACAGCUGACAUUAACAAAACAUUCAGUAUUUUCAACAGAUUAGCAAAAACAGAGUGGUGAGUGGGUUAAACUUGCAGUUUAGUGGUGUAUUUUGUUGUGGUAACUAACAGAGGGUAGAUAAACAAGAGGAACAUGGUUUAGCCAGUGGUUAGCUGCUAAAGCGUAGUCAGGUGAGUAAGUUAGGAGUGAAAACUGCCAAAUGAGUGUAUAAUCAGGUUAGCUAACAGUUAAGUAUUCAUCAGAGAAUAGUUAGCUGUUCAGCUAACAGGCAAGCUAAUAGUUCAGUUACCAGCUAAAACAUAUUUAUUGGUAACAAGUCAGAAGCCAAAACUUGAGUCAGAUUUGUCAAAAGUGACUUUAGCAACUAGCCUAAUGUCUGAUCUGGUGAGCUAACAUUUAAAUUAAUCUGUUAUGGUGGGUUAUGCUAGGUUAUAUGGUUGGCAAACAGAGAAGUAGGUUGGCUAACAUAUCAAUUUAGCAGUCUAGGAUUAUGUUAUGUUAGAAGACCGAUAACCAACAUGGAAAUGGGUUAGCUAGCAGUUCAGAUGGCAGCACACAAACAUAUUCAAUGAGAUUAGAAAGGUUAGCUAACAGUUACAUUGUUAGAACAUGCAAUAGUUUACAUUAGGUUAGCUAGCAUUUCAGUUCAGCUGGAUCUGUCAUGUUAGCUAACAAUUCAGUUGCUAAGAGCUAAAUGGACUCCAGGUCAUCACAGUUUGAGUUCAACGUGUUUAAGUCAGUAGAUGCGGAAAUAUUUGCCUUUUCUCGCGUCAAACAGUUACAUCCAAGCUCAUUUCCUGAAGUUGUAUUAGAACCAAAGUUUGAAUGUGAAGCUGUUAAAAGGCCGAUGGAGACUCUCGAAGCUCAUUGGAUUUAACGUUCACCAUGUGUUUGUCUCGCCACAUCCCUGCCCAGCAGAACCAUGGGUUAGAAAUGCAGCAACGGUUCAUUUCCGAAAAGCCGACAGCAAUACGAAGAUGUGACUUUAUGGCCAGUGUAGCUUAAAAAAAAAAACAGAAAACAUCAAACCGUGGCUCUAGAGUGAUAUGACUGUUGCAUUUAGCACAUCCCCCUUUUCAUUCGCCACUGAGUCAUACUAGACAACCUUAGGUGAUAUAUUUUAGUCUGUAUGUUAGAUUAAAAAGCUGAGUCCCGACAGUACAGUAGCAUCAUAAACUACAUAAAUACAGUAAAUAAAUCUGAGGAGGGUGUUUAUUUCUUUGCUUAAGGCACAGAUGACGUUUUCACUGCCUUCUGACAAAAAGAUGUGUACUUCUGUUUGUUUGUUAGUUGGUUUGUCUCUUUGUUUGUUUAUGGGGAUGUUGCGUAACUAAAAGAGUUUUAAAAAAUGGAGGUACUCCAGAAAUCAUCUAACAAGAGAAUAUGUAUAUCACAGGAUUUUGAGAAAAUAAAAAUAAAGAAGCUCUAUUAUAGAUAGUCUAUCCCAGACAGUUUUAUCACCAGAUUGAUACUUUACAGAUUAUAGUCCGAGAUAU